GGCUCCGGGGGGUUGGCUCCGCGGCAGAGGUAUGGGCCCCCGGGCAAGGGCCGGGGCAGUGCCCCCCGCGGCGCCCCCUCUCGGAUGCUCCGGGGCCGGGACGCGCUCCUGGGCGGCGCGGCCGGAAGGCUGCACGCGUGCCCCUGCCCACGCCGGCGACUCCGCAGUGCGCUCCCGGGCCGGGUGCCGCAGGCAGGCGCGGGCUCGCCCGGGACACGGCCGCGCGCCCUUCCCGCGUCCGGAGCGCGGCCCGGGGCCCGGCCCGGCCUGGCCCGAGCGGAGCUUUGUGACGUCAGGCGGCCGCCGGGCGGCGUCACGCGCGGGGCUGACCCGGCGGGGGCGGGGCGGGGGCCGCCGGCCUGGGGACGCGGUGCGGAGCAUGGAGCCGCGGGCCGGCUGCCGGCUGCCCGUGCGGGUGGAGCAGGUCGUCAAUGGCGCGCUGGUGGUCACCGUGAGCUGCGGCGAGCGCAGCUUCGCCGGGAUCCUACUGGACUGCACGAAAAAGUCUGGCCUCUUUGCCCUGCCCCCGUCGGCUCCACUACCCCAGAGUGACAACCCCUCCGCCAGCAGCUGCCUUGGCCUGGCCCCCGAGGAAGAGUCCGGAAAGGUGAUGCAGCUGGGGCCGGGCUCCCCUCCUCCUCCCCACGGGGACCAGCCCCCCGAGACUGCCACUGGCCCCGAGCCACCCCCACCCCUCAUGCCACCACUGCCUACCAGCAGCCCGGCCCCAUACCCACCGUAUUUCGAGGGCGCCCCCUUCCCUCAUCCCCUCUGGCUGAGGAACACGUACGGCCAGUGGGUACCCCAGCCGCCUCCCAGGACCAUCAAGCGGGCCCGGAGGCGUCUGUCCCGGAACCGCGAGCCGGGCCGGCUCACCCUGAGCACCAUCCGCCUGCGGCCGCGCCAGGUGCUGUGCGAGAGGUGCAAGCGCACCCUGAGCCCCCCGCAGACCGCGGGGCCCCCGCCCGCCCCCCGGGCCCGCAGGCGGCUGGGCAGUGGCCCGGACGGCGAGCGCCCAGGGCACCCGGAGCCGGAGGAGGGAGACGCCGAGGCCUCUGCCUGCGCGAGGAAGAGCAAGCGGGAGCGGCGCGAGGACAGGGCCCCGGAGCGGCACAGGGCUGCGGCGGAUCGCAGGGCCCUGGCGGAGCGCGUCCCGCGGAGCCCGGUCAUCAGGAUCUCCUACAGCACGCCCCAGGGCAAGGGCGAGGUGGUGCAGAUCCCCUCCCGCGUGCACGGCUCCCUGGAGCCCUUCCGCCCCCCGCAGGCCCCGCUUGAGGGCAGCCCGGAGCCCGAGGGGCUGCGGGAGGCGGAGCCCAGGGACGGGCUGCUCGGCGGGCCCUCCGCCGCGGUCCCCAAGCUGAAGCUGACACGGCCCACGCCUCCCAGCUCGGACCUGCCCCCUCCCAAGAUCCGCCUGAAGCCCCACCGCCUAGGCGACAGCGAGCGCAAACCGGUGUACCGCGCCGAGCUGGUGCAGGAGCUGAACGGCUGCAGGCCGGGCCCCGUCCACGGCCUGGCGGACUCAUCCUCUGGGAGUUCCAGCGAGGAGGAGGACUUGGACAGAUGUCCUCAAGGCCAGCAGGCGCAAGGCAGCUUGGCCUUCCUCGUCGACUGCCCUAAGGGGCGAGCGGGAUGCGCCAGUGAGUCGGUGUGCGGCAGUGACAGCCUGGACGAGUCCAAAUCCUCCAGCUCAGAGGCAACUUCGCCGGACACGGGUGACCUCUCCCCCAGCAGUGGGGCGUCUGUGCCCUCCUCCUCCAGAGAGGCUGGCCCCACUGUGCCACCCCUGACUGUGCGGCUGCACACGCAGAGCGUCUCCCAGUGUGUCACCGAGGACGGGAGGACCUUGGCCGUGGGGGACAUCGUGUGGGGUAAGAUUCGUGGUUUUCCCUGGUGGCCAGCACGUGUCCUUGACAUCAGCCUUGGCCAGAAGGAGGAUGGAGAGCCCUCGUGGCAAGAAGCGAAAGUCUCGUGGUUUGGGUCUCCAACUACGUCAUUCUUGUCUAUUUCAAAACUGUCCCCUUUCUCUGAAUUUUUCAAACUGAGGUUUAACCGUAAGAAGAAGGGCAUGUAUCGGAAAGCCAUCACCGAGGCUGCGAACGCUGCUCGACAUGUGGCCCCGGAAAUAAGGGAGCUCUUGACCCAGUUUGAGACGUAGCCUUGGUCCCCUGAGCAGUCACUGUGCUGGAUCCUCACUGGGGAUUACGAAGUGCUGACCAUCAGCUGCGUUUCUCACUGGAAUUGUUCCAACAACAACAAAAAAAACCCUUUCUUCACCAACUGCCAGUGGCACUGCAGCAAGUCCGGCCACCCCCACCCUCUCGCCUGCAGAGUCUCACAGACAAUAGGCAGAAGCCCGUGGCGGGCCCAGCCCUUCCCUCCUGAGUGUGUGUAUCUCACUAAAACUUAUUUGUGCAAUUAGUCUCAAGCCACACAAAAGUUCUUUGAUGCACAGAGAUGCACGUCCUGCCACAGCCACACUGCUCUUGGAUGGUGGCCUCAUCCCCUGCCACGUCAGCCCCGGCCACUCUGUGCGUUCUCUGUCCCAGGCCUGUGAGGCCUGGAUGCUCCAGAGGAGCCCUACCUGGGUGCUGGGGACACUCUUGCUCCUGGGUUGCUGUUGUUUCUAAGCCUUUGCAGUCAACAGAGCUGGCAAUUACUUUUUUUUCCCUAUGCCAAUAGUCUUGGCUCUUAGUAUUAGCAUAAUUAUUAGUUUUAUAUGUGUAAAAAUUAAUGUACAGGUAAAAUCCUAUGUUAUUUUAAAUAUUUCUUAUGUACAAUACUGUUGUAAUGCAGGCUAAUGGUUUCAGCGCCCACUAAGGAGUGGUGCCCACUAGCGUCACACACAGGGGUUCUAUAAGGAGAGUCAGAGUCUCUUCCCUUGGGGUGCAUGUCACAUCCGUGAGUUCAGUCUCUGAGACAGUUCCUCUCCCUGCAGUAAGUCAUGACCUCGAAACUGCUGGGCUCCUUCAUUCCAUUUUGCUUGCCAUUUUUAGAGAUUCCUGGGUUUUUGUAAACCUCACUGUGUUUUAUGAUUCCGUGGACAUUUCCACAGCUCCAAGUCUGGCUCCCAUCGUGGCUUCAGGUCAGCAUUUUGGCCCUUCUGAGUUUCCUGCAGAAGCAGAUAGGUCCCUGCCCUCAGGCAAAGUAGCUCGCACCUGCUGGCCCCUGGCCCCAGGCUCCUCCUCCCUUUCCUGUGGCAGCCAGCCAUGGGCAGGCUUUCCUGUGGCCAGCUGUCCUUGGGGGGUAGGGAGGGAUGUGAGCUAUGGCUUUUUGGCUGUGGAGAGGGCAUGGUUGGGCAGGGAGGUGCCAGUAUCCUACAGGCCCCAGGGACAGGGUACAGAGAGCAGCGGGUGAGUCUGGACUCUGCCUGUGUCCAGCUUGGGGGUCUGAGGGCUCCUGGGCAGGCACCUGAGAUUCCUUGCAUCCUGGAGGUUUCCAUGGCCAGGAACAGCAGCCAGGAGCAGUGGAGCUCGGUCCAUGAGCAAGCACAGGCGAGGGCCUCACCAGGGAGGCAGGAUGGAAGGUGAGUAGCAGCCAGGCCUGUGCAGGCAUUCUGCAUCACUGUUUAUUCUGCCAGGAUGGGGAAGCUGCCUUGAAGGCCAUUGCCGCUGAACUGGAUGUGAAGGGCCUGGCCAGGGGCUGCCCCUCCAGGCUGUGGGCACUGUUCCAGCGAGAAUGGCAGCUGAUGGAUUUUUAACAACAUUUCCAAAGGUCAGGCUAUUGUGGAUGUAGAGAGAUGUGGGCAGUUUUAAUCACCUCCCGGAGCUGCAAAGCAUGGUACCUUCAAUUUGAGCCCCUGUCAAGUCCUAAGGUUCUUGAUUAGAAAGAGGGGCUGUGACCCCCCCCCCCACACACACACACCAUCAGCAGCCCCUGCUAUGGUCUGCAACCCUUCCAGAAGCCUCUUCCUGAUCAGCCUCAUGUGUAGCCCCUGGCAACUCCCAGUGGCCUGCCCAGCAUUCGGCCCUUGUGCACCAUCUGUCUAGCCUGGUUGUUUUUUGGCCCGUGGGUUGGGGUUGGGCCCAACCAGGCUGUCACACCAGCUUCUCCCUCCUGAGAAAUGGAUGACGAUGUUGGUAGGGAUGUGCUUGUGUGGCUGAUCCCAUCCGGCAGACAUUUCUCAAAAAGGAAGGGUUCCGCUUGCCACAAGGGAUCUGUUGGAUCACAGGAUGCUGUUCCUGGGACUGACAAAGUGACGCCUGUGCUUUUGAAGCAUAGCCACGCGGCUUUGAGCAGGAGCCCGCUAUGCCCUGGCAGGUCUGAGGGAGGUGCUGGGUGGGGAUGGUGUUAGCAGGGCCUCAGCGACCUCCUGGGAUGCAGAGGGUCAUGAGGUGCGUUCACCUUUACUGACUGCACAGACGCUGCGUGCAUCCCCACCGGCCAAGCCAUGUUUUCACAUGACCAUCUCUGCAGUAAACAGCUUAGCACUCAAUGAGCUUAGCGCUCCUCCGAGCCUCACCCACCUCCUGGGUCCUGAAGAAUCAAGGCCCUCUAGUUCCCCCAAGGCUGUGGCCAUUGCUCAAUGUGCACAUGGACACACGGACACAGACACACACAUGGACACACAUAUGCAGAUACGUGCACAUAGACGCAUGCAGACACACUUGCACAUGGACACACACACACAAAUAGACACACAUGCACGCAGACACACAGACACACACAUUCACAUGGACACACGGGCACGCACACGUGCACACAUGCUCCCUUUCUCUUUGUAAGAAAAGGGCGAUGUGGACAGGGAGGCAUAGAAAGGAAGAUUGCUGAUACAUGUGCGCCAGCCAGGGAGUGGAGAGGAGGCUCCCCGGGGUCUGCAGAGGGGCACAGCAGCAGCAGGGACUGCAGACCUCUGGGCUCCCGAGCAGGAGGAAGCAUGGCAGUGGCUUGCAGCCCAUCCCAGCGUGGCUGCUGGGCUGUGGGUCGGUCUGAAUCCUGUCCUGGUGACCUCACCUUUAAGAGGUCCUUGCACCGGGGGUGUCAAAGCAGAAAUAGUGUGUGGAAGCUCCGGUCUGGCUACAGCUAGGAAAGAAGAAACCAAUGGUCCCCGGGGCCUGGCCUGGCAGGGUGGGCUAUCCUGAGGACCAAGGCCAAGCUGGGGAGGGUCCUGGCUGGCUACCUUGUGCAUAGACAGAAAUUCUGUCCAGACAGUGUUUUGUCAUGGUGAGAAGACAGUGGGUCUUAUUCCUAGAAUGUGGGGACAUUUCCUCAGGGACCCUGAAUGGAUGCCUCACCUGGAAAGGGAGGAGGCUGCUGUCCAAGGUUGGGGCAGAAACCUCUGCCCAGGUGUGUAUGGGGCAUGUCUGCUCCAGGCCUCUGUCCUCAUCUGGCCAGGUUUGGAUGCAGCCUUCCUGCACCCACUGCAGGACCAAGGUCAGGGCUGGGGACAGGUGGCAGGCCGAUGCAGGUAGCGCCGCUGGUUGGCAUCCUUGGCAGAGAAUGCCUGGCCACAGGCAGACCUGCAGCCCAGGUUAGUGCCACGAGUGGAACCUGCUCAGCAGGGCCUCAGGGGCCUCGUAUGGUCCCCCUCUCGGGCCCAGGCCAUUCUUCAGGAUCCUGGGGAAAUGGGCUUCCCUGGGGACAGGGCCUUAUCCUGUCCCCACAGGUGCAGGGCCCAGACCGUGCUGCCCCAACCUUACUUGUGCUGUGUUCCCUGGGUGCACCUGGCCUGCCCCUGCCCACUAACUCCCCUCACUCCAUCCUCACUUCUGUGGGGCCAGAAGCCCGUGGCACUCCUCUCAUUUUUCCUACGUAAGCUUUAGGACAAACUGCUUCUGUCCCUAGCCCACCCCCACCCUGCCUCUCCUCUGGACACAGGUCUCAGUGUCCAUUACAGGCCACACAGAUGUAGGUCAGAUGUCCAUGAGCCUUGGAAAUACCCACAGAGGGAAGAUGGCCCAGUGCCCAGUCCCCAGGGGCUGGUGGGCCCGGAUGAUCACUUUGGGCAGGCAGUGUCUGGGGACGUGGUGAGGUCUGGACUGUGUUUUAUGGUGUCUGCACCCAGCAGACAGUAUCCUGGGAAACCCUGCCACCCUCACAUGCAUGGGCCACAUGUCCACCCAGCCCCAAGUUCCUGAGAAGGACCAGAGUGGGCAUGGGGUGCCCCCUGCACCCCUGGCACCCCAGAGGGUGUGCUGACUCGCUUUCCUAGCACCUGGAGGUCAGCUGCGGUGGCUCUGUGAGGCCGGCUGCAGCCCUGGCAGGCUGUUUUGACAAGCAGGACAUAGGCGCCACUUUCCCCACUCCAGGCAUGGCCACUCGCCUGGUGGCGCAGAGGCUCCAGGAUAUGAGUGUCCUGUGCUGAGCUCAGCUCAGGGCAACCCACUGCAGGGGAUGGGGGUUGUCCUUGGUAUCCCCAUCCACUCAGCCCCAGGGUCUUCUCUGGGCCCCUGAGAGCCCCACAGGUACUGGCCCGAGCCCUGCCCCCACUGCCUGUGCAGCCUCCUGCUGGAAGGUCUGGUUUGGCCGGUGUCCCCACCUGGGCAGGCUGGCCUUCAACAGAGGAUUCCUCAGGGUUUAACCCCCACUGGCCGGGCCUGUCCCCUGGAGGGAGGCCACUGGGUGGUGCCCAGGCAUCUGACCACCCCAAUCCUCGUGGGGGAGGCUGUGCUGGGGGGGGUGGGCCAGCAUUGGGAGAGCCUGGGGCAGCAGCUGCUUGGGGUCAGUGUCAGGGGCCUAUGUGAGGAUCGUCUGCCUCCUGGGCCUUGUGAGACCGGUCUGGACAGCUUUGGUUCGCAUUUCACCAUAGUAAGAUGUUGCUGAGUGCUGUGUGGUCAUGGCACUUUCAUGCAUAUCCAUGUUGUGUGUGUUCAGAUUCUAAGAGCCCACUAGUGACACAGAGGGUGUGACGAAGCAUCUAUCUUCAUGCUUCUAUGUGAUUCGUGAUCAUUCAAUUUGGAAAUUAUUUAUGUCUUGUGGGCCUUUUUCCUGUGGAGAUGAAGAUUUCACAAUCUUAUCACCCCUAGUCCCUGCCACACAGACACAGGAAUGCAAGUUUUGGUUAAAUCAAGAUUCCAUAUUUAGAUUAAUGAUCACAGCCUAUCCAUACAGCCACUUGCCAAUAUACAUAUUUUUCAACUCUGUUCUCUGCAAAGUUGAUCUUUGCCCCAUUUUUUUUUUUGUCUGCUUGGUUUUUAUAGUCGUCACUUAUUUGUCCCCAGAUCUGAAGGAAAGCUCUCAGUUCCCCCACGGUUCAGGCAUAUAUUGGAACUUUCUGCUGCUGUCACACACAUCUUCUGUGAGACAGCACUGACCUGCUGUUCCUCAUGACUCUGCACUCACUGGGCAGCGGCACUGGGAGCUGGGAUGUCCCAAAUGUGUCCUUCCUCUCCCUGAUGCCUUGCCCAGGACACAUGUGCACAUACAUCUCACACAUGUUUCAUGUACUCAGACACAGAUACACAUGCUCACACAUCCUCACAUGCACAUACACACACGUACACAUACAUGCACAUAUGCUUACAUACACAUGCACAUGCUCACACAUACACAGGCACAUGUGCACACACACAUACACAUGCUCACACAUGCACACACACACAUGCACAUGCUCACAUAUACACAGGCACAUAUGCACACACCCAUGCACACAUGCUCACACACGUACACAUGCA